ACAUAUGACUUGGAUUGUACUGGGUUUUUGACUGUGAGGAGACCAGAUGAUCUACAGUUGGAGAAAAGACAUUAAAUAAGGAGAGGGUGACGAGAAGGCUGGACAUCUGCUGGUGGCUGGGACUUUUCUUGGAAGCUCCUACUGCCUUCCACAGUUAGUGACGACUGAGAAAACGUCAGCAUCUCACUAUUCCUAGCUCCUAGAGGCUCAUACUAACUGCUGAGAGUCUCCUCAGGCAGAAACCUGCACUGCACAAUGGACUUUGCAGCCUCCCUCUUCGAGCUCCAAGCAGAGGCCAGCUGCCCCCUCUGCCUGGAUUACCUGAGAGACCCAGUGACCACUGAGUGUGGACAUAACUUCUGUCGCUCCUGCAUCCAGCAGCGCUGGGAAGAUCUUCAGGACAUCUUUCCCUGUCCUGUCUGCCUCCACCAUUGCCCUGACAGGAACAUCAAGAAGAACACUCAACUAUGCCACAUAACUGAUAUUGUUAAGCAGAUUCCCCCCACAGGGAGGGAGAGGGAACUGCAGGAAGAAAAACCCCUGUGUGUGAAGCAUCAUGAGGUUCUGACCCUGUUCUGUGAGGAGGACCUGGAGCUGUUGUGUCCCCAGUGCAGUGCCUCAUCAGACUAUGAGGAUCAGCCCCUGAUACCCAUUGAGGUAGCUGCAGCUAGUUACAGAAGGAGGCUCAAAAAUUAUCUUGAGGCACUGACAGUGGAGGUGGAAGAUGCUGAAACGGGAUUUGAAAACCAAGUGACAAAUAUUUUUGAAGUGCAGAAAAAGAUGGAGAGUUGCAGGAGAGAAUUACUCUAUGAAUGUAAAGAAUUUAAGAAUUCCUUGAAAGGAGAGCAAGAUGAAAUCAAUGCCAGUCUACUUGUGGAAGAGAAAGAUGUUAGAGAAAAACUAACUGAAAAUAGAGGGCAAAUUUCAAACCAUAUGCUCAUGCUAAAUAAUCUGUUAAUUGAAAUAGCAGAGAAGUAUUUCCAAACAGACCUGGAUUUACUCACAGAUAUUGAAAGUAUCCAUAAGAGGUAUGAAAAUUUAGCAACCCCAGCAGUCUUUUCAUAUGAAUUAAAGAAGGAGAUUUGCAUCCUCCCUCCACAUUAUUUUGGUCUGCAUAAAAUGAUCAGCACGUUUCAGGUAGAUUUGACCCUGGAUCCUGAAACUGCCCAUCCAAGUCUCUUAAUCUCAAGAGACAGAAAAAGUAUGACUUAUAAGGCACCAAGUGGUCUUCAUGAUCCCCAUGUACGUGCUUCUUACCCAGCGGUCCUCAGUUGUGAGGCAUUUGAUGCUGGCAGGCAUUAUUGGCAGGUAGACAUAGGAGGCACAGGUGAAUGGUCUUUAGGUAUAUGUAAAGAAUCUUUCCCUAGAAAUGCUUUUAUAUCACUAUCACCACGCAGUAGGUGCUGGCACAUUGAGCUUUGUGCUAGUAUAUGCGGAACAUGCCGUAGAGGACAUAUCAUGCAAGUUGGCAUUUUUCUGGACUAUGAGUUGGGAGAGAUUUCAUUUUAUAAUAUGAAUAAUAGGUCAUAUUUGUAUAAAUUCUCUGAUACGUUUACAGAAAAACUUAUGCCUUAUUUCUCUAGUGCACCUUCUUCAAAAUCUGUUACAAUCAGUAUCAUCAGAGACAAACGAUGAAAAACUUGGAGGACAGUUUUGUAUGUGGUUAUUUUCUUCCCUUGUUUUGGAAGUGAUAGUUAUAAUGAAGAUUCUGAUUCCAGUUUGGAUGUUUGACUGUUGAAAGCUUUUGGGACUCAUGCUUCUCUGCUCCCUUAACUCACACCUGGGAAAGCUGAAGAGAAAGCCCAGGUGCUCUACCCUUGGGUGCAGGUGGGAAGUUCCAACCAAGCAAGUCCCUAGUGGUGCCAGCACCCUCCCACCACCAGCACCCAGUAACUGCCAUAAACACCACAAGCUGGUUCCUUUUCCCUGUGCUCUCAGUUAUUUUGGGACAUAGUCUGAGAUCCACCCUA